GAGAGGACACUCCAUCUUGGUAACACUGAAGUAACAGGAGGCCAUUUUGCUAAAGGCCUCCUAAUUGGGUUAAAUUAUUUGUUAAUUGUUUUGGCAGUGGGUCUGAUUGGGGUAAAUUAGAGCCAGCUGCCCACACUUAUGACUGUGGGGCAUAUAAACCUCACAGUUGGUUAAUUCAGGGCUGUCAGGUUGGAGAAGGCAGUCAAGUAAAGUGAGUACUGUGUGUACUGGAUUGUAUGUUUGGGUCGGUAAGCAGCUUAGCUGCCCGACGCUCAGUCAGGGACUGUAUUGAGUUUAGGAAGUACUCCUGAGAGGAGUUAGGUUUUGUUUUGCUUAUUGUGUUUGGCUGUACUUGCAAAUAAAGAUACAGGCACUGUCCUGUUUAACUGAGAACAAAGUGUGAAACUGCUUUAUUGUGUAUCAGAAUACGGGGCUGGUAAGAGCGGACACCUGGAACAGUAAAUACAGAGGGGUGACUUUAUCACAUAUGGUACCAGAAGUGGGGCUUAGAAGAGCCCAAGAAAGCACAAAGGGAGUGUGAACCCCAGCAGCCUACCGAGGCGCUGUUGAGGGAGGAGAAAAUGGAACAGCUGGCUGUCCAAAAGACAGAUCCAGAAGGAGAAGCACCGGUCAGUGGAUCUCCCUGGUGUGAGUGGUGUGGAGAGCGGGCCCACCGCUGGAGAGAGUGCCCGGAUGUCCCGCCAAACUGGUGUGGACUGUGUGAAGGGUUUGGACACGAGUGGCAAGAAUGCCCAAACCGAGAACCAAAAAGGGGGCGUCACCAGCCUAAGAAGAGAGAGGACAAGCGGUACAGGUUGGCCCGGGAGGCUGCACUAAAGUUUUCCUGGUGCCAAGAGGAUGGACACGAGGAAGCCAGGAGGGAGCUGCUACUACAGGAACCAGAAGUUUUCUGGGGAGAAGUACACACUGUGAGGGAUUGUCAGCCGCCACAGGAGACGCUGCUGAGGAAAAGACAGUGUGACCUGCAGCCGCACAUACAAACCCAGGAUGAUGGGAAGAAGCGGUUACAAGCUCAACGGGAGGAGCAGCAGAAACUGAAGAGCCAACUGCAGGAAUUAAAGAAAAACAUGGAGAUCCUUAACCAGGAGAAGACAGCUGCUCUUGACGAGGCAGGGCAGUGGAAAAACAAGCUUUCAGAGUGGAAAAAGAAGGCAGAAACCAAGUUCUUGCAGAACCAUAGCGCUGUAAUGUCACUACAAGGCAAGUUGAAAGAGCUGGAGAAGCAAGUUUGUGGAAAAGAGGAACAGUUAAGCAAGCUCACAAGGAAUGUUGCUAAACAGCACAGAAGCAAGUCCGAGAGAGACCAGGUGCUGGACAAGAAAGAGAAGAAAAUCGGUGAGUUAACUGCUGAGCUACAAAACUGUGUGUUCAAGAUAAAGGAGCUGGAAAACCAGCUUGAAAAGAGUGAGGAACAUGAGUGUAUUAUAGUAGAGCUGCAGAAGAAAAAUAAAGUAAAAGAGGCAGAAAACAAAGAACUGUUUCUGAAACUUCAACAAGCUCAAGUACAGUCUUCUGAAAUGGGUAACAGAGUUAAAGAAACUGAAGAUCAGUUGCAUACUUUGAAAAGAGAGACUGAGCGUUUGAAACAGGAGCUUGAACACAAAGAAGAGGGUUUUGGGAAGUUGAAAAUGGAAGCGCUGAAGAGUAAAGAAGAAAUGCACCGAGCAGCAGAGAAAUGCAGUGCGGAUGUACAGCAGAUUUUAAAGGGAAAGAACAGUGAAAUACAAGAAGUGCAGAACUUUCACAGAAUCAAGCAGAAGGAGAUGGAAGAGAGAGUUAGUGAACUGGAGAGGGAAGUCCAAAGUCUUGUGCGAGAGUUACAGGUUGUCCAAGAGAGCAAGGGGAACCAGAUUGCAGAGCUGAAGGAAAGCGCUGAUUAUUUGAAAGCUGAGUGGGAAGAAAAGUUACAGUGUGUUGUGAGUAAAAUGAAACGGGAGAAGUUCGAACUUCAAAAGAAAUACAGGGAAAGUAGUGAAGACGCAAACUCUCACCUGUCCCAGCUAGAGACCCGAGUGCAACAGCUGACAGUGGAAGUUGAGGAUAGCACCUUGCAGUGUCAGAAACUGACCCAGGAGAAAGUAGUCUUGGAGCAACAGCAAGUGAACAGCAUUACAGAACUAUAUGAGGUUAAUCUAAAGUAUAAUGCCAUGUGGGAAGAAAAGGAAGUGCUUGGAAAGAAGCUUGUAGAAGCAAAUAAAGAAGUUGAAAAACACUCCACUAGAGUGAAGCAGCUUACACAAGAGAAGGAGAGGUUGCAGAAACUGUACAAGAUGAAGGAAAGUGAAGCUGCCGGAGGGAGCCGGGAGAGUGACACUCUGAAAAAAGAAGUCCAUUACUAUGCAAGUAAGUCGAAGUGGGCACAAAACAAGUUAAAAGAAGAAGUUAUUGCACAUACAGAAACCAAGAAGAGACUGGAAGGUACUGCCAGCAAUCUAACUCUAGUGAGAGGAAAAGCUGAACAGGAAAAGUUGAAGGUACACCAAGCUGAAAGCAAAGAGCUUGAUACUCAGAAGAGAGCCUUUAAGAAAGACUUUGUGCUUUGA